UUAGGCCUACUCACGAAGCUGGACGCGGGUAAAUCCCCACUAUCCCAUUCCCAGAGCUUUAUGAACAACAGACCACGAGAGCCAAUCGCUGACGCUGGGUGGCAACUGUCGUAAUUUCAUCAUCUUCCUCGUUUUGUCUACUUUUCGAAACCCUAACUCAGUCAUCACCAGCCCUCCGUUUGUUUCCUGGGAAAAUGGGAUAGAUGAAAAGAGAAAACUGUAACAUCGUUUCACACGCCUUUUCUCAUUGAUGUUAUGUUGAGCAAACGAAGUAGUAGCUAUAUUAGAAUCUGAUUUCGAUGGAGGGACCAGGAAGUGAAGGAGCAGCAGCGGCACCGCUGGCUCAAUGGAGGAGCGAUUUUUCGAGAGCAUUCCAGCACUAUUUGGAUCGGUCAACGCCUCACACUGUUAAUCGGUGGCUAGGAACCCUUGCUGUGGCAAUGAUUUACAUUCUGCGUGUGUACUAUGUUCAAGGGUUCUAUGUUAUCUCCUAUGGCCUGGGGAUCUAUGUCUUGAAUCUCUUGAUAGGCUUUUUCUCACCGAAGGUGGACCCGGAGCUUGAAGCCUUGGAUGGGGCUUCAUUGCCAACAAAAGGUGCUGAUGAGUUUAGGCCUUUUGUUCGCCGCCUUCCCGAGUUUAAGUUCUGGUAUUCCAUCACAAAGGCAUUUAUUGUUGCAUUUAUGUUGACCUUCAUUUCUGUGCUGGAUGUACCUGUUUUCUGGCCAAUAUUGUUAUGCUACUGGAUUGUUCUAUUUGUCCUCACAAUGAAACGGCAGAUCCUACACAUGAUCAAAUACAAAUAUGUUCCAUUUGAUAUUGGAAAGCAGCGGUACACUGGGAAGAAGUAACUGAAUGGGAGCAGCUUUUCUGCAAAUCUAAAAACAAAAAUGCUUGAUUUGUAGAUCUUGUGACUAAAGAAAAAAAAGAUAUGUUUGGAGAUCUUAAAUAUGCUUUGAAGGUAAUGUUCUUUUAGUGUAUUUGUACAUGGGCUAGACUCUCUAGUUUAGAAGUGGAUGACAGGUCUUGCCAGGAUGCCCUGAUAGUUCAUCUAUCACUUCCAUAGACCUAAUGAAGGUUCAAGCUACACUGGUCUUCCGAUAAAGAUUACCUGGCAGAUUAAAGUAGACAUGGGGUGAAACAGCAUUGAACCUGGAAUCUCAGCUAACUGCGGAUUAUGUUGUAGUGUUCUGCGUGUGGGGGCAUGUGCCCAAUGUUUUUGUUGUAAGCAAUUUCAAAGCAUGAGAAGCUGCUUCUUAUUCGGAUGGGUGCCUUAGUUGUGUUUUCAUUCUUGCGAACUGAGAUAUUAAUUGACAUGCUUAUCAUUGUUUAUGUCAGAAGAAA